AUGUCGCCUCGUUCUCUUUCUCAUGGCGACUAUACCGUCGCUUGUAUCUGCCCAAUGGGGAAAGAACUUGCUCCAGUCCUCGAAAUGCUCGACGAGAGGCAUCCUUCCCUUCCCAUGAAGCGUGCACAGAAUUGUUACACACUCGGACGAAUUGGAGAACAUAAUAUUGUGGUUACAACUAUGCCAGAAAUUGGUACCAAUCGGGCCGCACAGGUCGGCAUGCAGCUGAUGAACGACUUUCCCUAUGUCCGGUUCGGCUUGUUGGUAGGCAUAGGAGGGGGUCUUCCCGACGAAGAAGGAAAACUAGACAUACACCUCGGAGAUAUCGUUGUGAGCAAGCCUACUGGCACAAAAGGUGGUGUCAUACAAUACGAUUUGGGAAAGCUCAGUCCAUCCGAGGGGUUUUGCCGGACGGGUUCAUUGGCGAAACCUCCUACCGUCUUGCUUGCAGCCAUUGAAAGCCUUGAAGCGGAGCGCUUACAAGACCGAAGCAAGAGUCAAGACUACUUGUCCGGACUGGAAAGCAGACAUCCGAUAUAUAGAAGACCCGGAUCGGAUCAAGACAUUCUCUUCAAGUCUACAUACUGGCACCUCAGAGCCACAGACUGCCAGCACUGCGAUCGCUCCGAGAGUGUACCGCGCCGAAGCCGUUCCCACAACAAGCCGGUCAUCCACUACGGCACGAUUGGGUCUGGAAAUCUCGUCGUUAAGGACGCUGCUACUCGCAAUAAGCUUCAAAAAGAUGGUAUUAUCUGUGUGGAUAUGGAAGCCGCGGGGUUGAUGGACGCGUUUCCAUGCCUUGUCAUCCGAGGCAUUUGUGACUACGCCGACUCGCAUAAGAGUAAAGUCUGGCAGCCUUACGCUGCAGCUGCAGCCGCUGCAUACAUGAAAGACUUAUUGAGGGUCAUACCUUCUCAUGCAAUAGAGAGGGAGCUGAAGUUGGUUGAUGUGGUUGAUGUGUCUCAAAUCACGGAAGCGAUCCGUGCCGAAAAGCAAUACAAAAUGAUGACCUGGCUUUCAGGCGUGAAUUUCUGGGGGAGACAGGACAACCUCCUUGAACGGGCACAAGAGGGAACCGGAGAAUGGAUCCUACAUGAGCCAAAUUUCAAAUCGUGGCUCGCUGGGGGAGGUGGACUUCUCUGGUGUUACGGCGAGCCUGGUGUCGGCAAAACCAUUCUUUCGUCGAUCAUUAUCAAACAUUUAUCGACGCUCAGGAAGGAAAACGAGGCGCUCGCAUGGAUAUACGUCGACUAUCGAGAGCGCAGUAAACUGACGAUGGAGAAUCUCUUUUCAAAUCUCCUUGCUCAGUUAUUCAAGCAGCACGGCGAGAUAUCACAAUCAACCAUGAAAUCUUGGGGAGUCAAUUGGCGAGAAGCAAAGCCAACCCUGCUUCAAUAUCGAUCGUGGCUUCAAGAAGAGACAAGGAAAUUCAGUCGCACGACUGUAAUUAUUGACGCCCUGGACGAGCUGCCGACCGAAGGUCUUCGUGAACAGCUCAUUCGUGAACUCCGGCAGCUGCAGCCUCCGAUUCAUCUUCUUGUUACAUCAAGACCAUUUCCAGAGAUCCGAAGAUAUUCGGACGACGCGAGGGAAAUAGAAAUACGACCCCAAAUAGCCGACGUGAUCUCCUAUGUCAAAUGUCGCUUGACAAGCGGCUUCGGACUAUGGGAACAUAUUGAACAGAAUGGAGCGCUUCUAGAUCUUCUCGUCGACAAACUUACUCAAGCAAACGAUAGAAUGUUUCUUACAGCUGAACUUGUUCUUAAUAAGCUCGAGCAUAUUAACUCCGUGCAAGAAGUGGAGGCAAGGCUUAAAUGCUUGCCAAAAACUUAUGACGGAUAUUAUGAACUCUGUCUCAAACAGAUUGAAAUGCAAGACCCUGUCCAGAGGGACAAGGCGAUGAGAAUUUUGGCAUUACUGUCUCAUGCCUUGGAACCAUUGAGUGUUGACGCUUUACAACAGGCCGUUUCGGUUCAGCCUGGAGAUUUGGAGCUCAAUGACGACAAGCAGUGGACUGCGGAUGGACUCAAGUCUCUCUGCGAUGGCCUGGUCAUUAUCGAAACUGUGGAAGAUAACAACAUUCGCACUCAAUCCGCUAGCCUCUUGCAUGAGACAACCAGCACUUACCUCAAGAAUGUCCAAUCUGAGCAUUUCCCUGCUGGCCAUGCAAUUGCUCUGGAAGCUUGUUUGGCUUACAUGUCGUUGUCUUAUUUCUCACACCUAGGUGUUCAACAAAUAAGAGUUGAUGAAAGAGCCAGCAAAUAUCCGUUUUACAACUAUGCAGCAAAAAACUGGACACAGCAUGUCCUUCAGGGCGACCUCGAGUCGACCUUCCGAGAAUCGAUCAUCAGUUUCCUUGAAAGUCCUCACCGACAAAGUGCGGACGAGUUGAUGGCAAGGCACCGCUACAGCGCAUGGGGCUGUGACCACGCCGUCCCGUGGACGGAUUGGAACAGGAAUUCAAUUGAGAGGCGAGACCCUCCAGUCCAUGCAACUGCCUCGUAUGGAUUGAGCAAGACUCUGCGCUUUCUGUUGGACAAUAAAGGUUAUAAAACAGAUACGGUCAAUAACUUUGGAGAAACUCCUCUCCACAGAGCCGCACAGACUGGUAAACGUCGAUCCAUCGAUGUCCUUUUGGCGCACGGGGCAGAUUUGCAUGCAAAAGUCCCACAACAUUACCUCAAUGAUGCGAAUGUUCUUAUACUGGCAACGCUGUGUCGACAGAGCGAUGCGGUUCUAGUGUUCCUCAAUCAUGGCAUCAGCAUCAACACCUACGAUCCGAAGCAUCUCACCUUUCCGUUACAUAUUGCGGCAAGCACAGACACUAACAUGACAAGACUCCUUCUUGACUAUGGCGCAAAGGUUGAUUUCCCCGGGAAAUCUCCUGUCUACCCCGAAACAUUCAUGACGAGUCUUCAUUUUGCGGUGUUCAACGCUCACGUAUUCACCAGAGCUCUUGAACGAGUCAACCUUCUCCUUGACCGAGGCGCCAAUAUAAACAUGCAAUCUACAAUGACGGGCAAUACUCCUUUGCAUAUGGCUAUCCUAGGUGGGCACCAAGAUUUGAUGAUCUGUCUAUUGGAAAGAGGAGUAAACAUCAACGUCCGAAACAAGGCUGGAAAAUCAGCAAUCCAGCUCCUGCGAGAAAAAGGCUUGUUCAGUUCCAAGCCAGAUGUUAUCCCAGCUGAGAUUCUUGAGCAAGUGGAACACAUGCCCCCUCUUCAUUAUGCUGCAUGGUCGCGAAAUCACGCUCAUGUGUGUAGACUGUUAGCUGAGGGCCAUGAUAUGGAACAGAAGGAUGAAGAUGGAAGCACAAUUUGGGACCAUUGCAUAGCCAGCAGCAACGUUCAACUUGCCAAAAUAUUAGUCGACUACAUGGAGGAACAACAAUCACCAAACCGCAACGAGAUCGGAAACGCAGCUUUUGAGGUUGCGCUGAAAGCCAUGACGGCGUUUGAUUAUACAGACCACGAAACCUGGGAAUCCAGCGUAGAGAUUUGCCAGCAACUACUUAAAUUCCGUAAGGAAAUUGACAACAGCCUCGAGUUUGCAAAAACUAGGAGUCCAAUCUGCGAUUACAACAAGACGUAUCUUAUAUUGGCGGCGGAGCAAAGGAGGAUAUCGCAGGUGCAAUUUUUGUUGGAUUGCGGAGCAGAUGUCAACUCUGUGGACAAGUUUGGAAGUACUGGGAUGCACUAUGCAGUCAACAAUGGAGAUGUGAAUAUGAUCAAGCUUUUGAUGGAGAAUCAGUUCGAUCUGAAGAUCAGAGAACAACAUGGUCACACGCCGCUUGAUUGCGCUGCAAGGAGGGACAAUCAACUCAUAUAUGACUACUUGAAACUGGAGUCAUCGAGACAGUCCAGAUAA